AUGCAAGAUAUUAAUAACAUAUCAAAUAUAGAGGAGUUACUUUGCUUUUUCGAUUAUUUCAUAAAAAAUGGACAUUCUAUUACUAUAAUAUGGGUAAAAUUUACCCUAAAUAUAUCAUCAGACUUAUCUCAAAAGAUUAUGAAUUAUUAUUUUCAAAAAAGAAAAGAAGAAUUAUGUGUAACCUAUUUAGUUGAAGGGUAUAUAAAUAAUGGCGAUGAAUAUACAUAUGCUGUUAUUUCUGAAAAUGAUAUUGAAAGUGUGAAAAAAGAAGGCACAUAUAUAAUUAAUAUUUACAGUUUACAAGCAAAAAAUAAUAAAGUUAAUUUUCCAAUGUUGUGGAUGCAAGAUCUAAAUGAAAUAAAUAAAAGAAUUGUUUCUAAAAAUGGAAUAUAUGAAAAGUUAAAUGAUUUUGUUUAUGAAUAUGAAAAAUCUGAUUCUCCAUGGGAUUAUUUAUCAUGCUCUCCAACUAAAAGAGAUAAAAAUGUAACUCCAAAAAAAAAACUGAUUACUAAUCCAGACUUAAAGAGUAGUAUUAUUGUUUCUGCAAAUCGAUCAGUCAGUAAGGAAAGUAAAGAAUUCCUUGCAUUAGUAUCUCCUAAAAAAUUAAUUGAAGAUUGCAAUAUCCUAUCAAAUUCUGUGUCAAAAAAAAGCUCUAAAAGUAGUAGCGUAAGUAAAAAGCCCAAACAAAAUAACACCGGAACUAAUGAUGACAAGAUGAAUGAUCAAAUUAAAUAUUCAAAAAUUGUUAAACGCGAAAAAUAUGAUACCAACAUAUUUAAUGAGGUAUCUACAGGGUUAAGCAAAAAUGAACAGAACAAUAGUAUUGCCAAAAAUGAUGCACAAAAGGAAACUAUAAAAAAAACUGAAAUUAAUAAAAGAGAUGAAUAUUGUUUAUUUGAUCAAGACAUCCCUGAUAAAAAUACGGCCUCAAAUGAAAGCGAAAUUGAAGUUUCUCAAAACUUAAGCGAAAACGAACAUAAACAGGAUCUGCUCCAACCAUCGAAAUACAACACCGAAUUGACUAAAAUUAAAUUGGAAGAGUCUACUGAAAGUAAUAAAAGUACAGAAUGUCUUGACCCUGAUAAUAUUGAAUCUGAUAACAUGAAAAAAGUUAAAUUGGACAAAGAAACGGAAUUGUUUUUUGAAAAUGGCUAUUUAGUAACUGUUGAUAAGGAACCCCCUAUAAAAAAAAACCUUAUAAAGAGUUUUGCCAAUGAGCCAAGUAGUGAUAAUAAAAAAAAAUCGACGGAUAAUAAAAAGAAGCGAAACUUACAGCAAACAUUACUGACAAACUUUUUUAAAAAGAAAAAAUAA